UAAUAUCAACGAACUGGAGGAGAAAUUAGCAGCCCUCGAACGUCAAGCAGCCUCCAUCAUUAUGGACUUGCAUGAAGCGCUUCCUAAGGGUACUUUCACUCUGAAGCGGAGGCCUCUAGAGCUCCUGCGGAAGUUCCUGUUUAUCAUGCAUUAUCGCAAUGUAUCUUGCUCCGGUAUCUACUUUCAAGCAGAUCACCCAGAGAAUGCAGUGGCUCGUCAGUGGAUUGAGUCCUUCAUGAAAGCGAAGGGUAUUCAAUCCGCUGUCGAGAUAUGGCUACACUUCCUCAGAUACUACCUGGACGCGUCUCAUUCAGACAUCAUGCGAGAUGCUGCAGAACUCGUAGAGAAGUACGGCGAAGAAGGUCUUCAAAAAAUGAUCACCAAAUCGCAUAUCUUACCUGAUCUCGAACACUUCCCAGCUUACACUUACCACGUUCUCGCAAAUAACUAUUUCUUCAGUAUCUGGGAAGCCGUGGAAGGGGAAGAAUUUAUCGUCACGCACAACGCAUUUGGUUUGUGGGAGGGUUUGAGAGGUGGCUGCCCUGGCCUGCACCGCAUAUUCGUAGUCAGUCCUCGCAUUGCCAUCGUCCUGCGCCAUGUGGUUUCACGUCCAGAAAUGAAAGAAAACAUAAAGCCGGAUGCGUUUGUGAGCUACUUGCUCGACGUGAACCCGGCACCGCCAACUCCAAUUUACUCCCGUGGAGAACACGGUACAUACAUCAAGCACGUAAAUUUCCAAUCCGCGAUGUCAGUUGCACGUUACAGAUCCUCCCAAGAAGGGGAGAAUGACAGCUUUGUGUUCAAGAUCACAAAACUGUCGCGACCCCAAACAUUACAGUUCAAUUUCGUUGUGCUAGUCAACGUGACGACGAAGACAUGCGCUCUGACCUUCCUGUCAAGGGGGAGUAUGCUUCGCACCGCGCGUGCGUUCCAGAGUUCGCCAGCCAAUUUCCGAGCGAGCGAGCUGUUCGUUCCGCUCAUCACGCAAUUGUCGAAUACCAUGGAGACAGGAGUGUCGGCUCUUCGCCCACCAUUACAGUCACCAGCGGUUUUCCUCGACCAGGACGUUGACGCACUUACACUCGUCGAUAUAGAGCUCUAUGUGCUUCUAAUGCAGAUAUGCACAGGUAGUAGGCGGUUCGAAACGGCAUACGACAGGGCACAUCUAGUCUUUACAAUCAUGGAGAAAGCAAAGCCCACUUUAUUUGCAGACGAAAUCAGCCGAGAAGUCGAAAAGGCUUUCAAGGUCUGUAAAGAGAAGGAUGAGAUAUCUCCCGCAGAAGGCGUGAGCUUUGCUCCCUUACCCUCUUCGAUUUCCAACGAGUCGUCAUCUCAGCUCUUCCAAUUCAUGAUACCUUGCAUGAGCAGACUGGGCGCGGUGAUGUCCGGAGGUGAAGGGAGUUUGGAAGAGCUCCAAGAUGAAGUCGCCGUAAUGAGCUUUCUUGCAUGUGCGUCAAGCAACCCUGGAGUGUGGCAUGCGCUUUCGUGUAUCAGCCCACAGGCUCCCGAAAUAUUGUCAAGGCUAUUCAAGAAAGACACUCUAACAGAUGUAUCUGUUAGGAUCUUCACGCGGAAUAUGUACCGCUCCCGGGCUUCGCCAUCAUCGUUUUCUUCCGGGUUUCACCUGGCAUAUUCGUUACGAGCAAUGUGCGGGAUGGCUGGGCCGACCACCAAUCCCAUCAGUCAGAGCUACUACCAGUUAACGGCAUCAAUGAUCCAAUGUCUUGGCCGUAUAACACUGAGGUCCCUGCCGGAACCGUACGCUUCGCAGCCACGCGAGAGGCCCAAGGCCCGGCUUGUCUACAAGAUACCAGAGAAGCAUUCAGACUUACUUUUCUCGAUUAUGAAAGUGAUACUGCAAAAAUCACUCCCGGGAUAUGAGCCGGCGCCAGGAGGCGACACUCUAGACCAGACCGUCAGAAAGUGGAUAGAUGAGAUGGCCAUCGUCGGUUGUCUUGCAUGGUUGGGAAAGCACAGGAGGAAUUUUUUGGACUGGGUUCUGGAUGGGUUUCCACAGGAAUCGGAUAAGAACUUCAAGCUGUUUGAAGAUGAAGAAGUCAUUGGGAGUACUUGAAUGAUUCAGGUUGUUCGAAUUGAUCUUUUAAAGUGUUCAUGAUCACUUACUGAUCAGACGCAUCAGUUGUACAUAUUUUUUGAAUAAAAUCAAGACUCAUUGAGGAACCGAUUUCCAG